CUAACAGCUCUGCUCAUACUUUUGAUCCUCAAAUACAGGCUGGACGAGUCCUGCUCCUUGUGCCUCCUAUCGUCCUUCAAAACUGGGAAGAUGAGUUCCAGAAAUGGUUACCAUACGAUGAGCAGCAUGUUGUUCAAAUCAGGAGAUUCUGUAAGUAGAGUAAUAUACUUGACUCUCGAUUGCAGUGCUACUGUGAGUUCUUAAUGCUUCAACUUCAUCUUACGUCUACAUUUCUGAUAGCGCCCAAAACAAAAUCGGUAUCGUCAAGGAUUGUGUUGGUAGAAGAAUGGUAUCGGGACGGCGGUGUUUUCAUUCUGGGCUAUGGCAUGUUUCGAGAGUUGUGCGUUCCCAGAGGAGGCCAGGGAUCUGAAGUCGGUGCUCGAUAUCGGGAGCUGUUUCAAGAUGGCCCUUCACUCAUCAUAGCUGACGAAGGCCACAACCUCAAGAACGCACAGGCGAAGCUGGCAACCGCCGCAAAUAAUUUGAAGAGCACAGCUCGAGUGAUUUUGACUGGCCACCCAUUGCAGAACAGACUGGAAGAGUACUGGUGCAUGGUUGAUUUUGUCCGCCCUAACUUUUUGGGCGAUAUUGCUACAUUCCGCCACAACUAUAUCCGACCCAUCAACGAAGGCCUUUACCCAGACAGUAGUAUUUUUGAAAAGAAGGCAUCUGCUAAGAAACUGAAGGUUUUGACGGAGCUGAUUAAGAAUUUUGUCAUGAGGAAGGAUUCUUCGGUUCUGAAGGCCACGCUCCCGAAGAAGGUCGAGUUUGUUGUCUCUUGCAAACUCAGCACGAUGCAGUACUACCUCUAUACUUCGUUCCUCCCCACUUUGGAUCCGACAACCAGAGCCGUCCUCGGUAACGGCUAUUGCCUUUUGACAAUCUGUAAUCAUCCGGCAGUUUUCAAGGCCACUCUGUUUGAGAUGAUGCGGCGAAAGAAAGCGGACAAGACUGUAGCUGCAAGCAGCAAUGAUACGAAAGCGAUCUCGGCUGUGGACUCCCCCACAACGGCUGUACCAGAAAGCUUGGCUGACGCAGUUGGUGAGGACAGUGGUGAUGAGACAACUAAAGAAGCUGAACAAGCACUUAGGUAUGGAUUCAUAUUGCCUCGGACGGCAUCCCUAGCAAACGUGCUUUACAGUGAAUUUGACCAGGGAAUCAAUACUGUUUGUUUAUAUAGUCAGAAUGCGUCUGUCCUUUCAAACCAUUGGAGUGGCAGCUUUAUUCAAGAAAAGAACGUGAACGACAUUUCACACAGCUACAAGAUCAAAAUAUUGAUGGAUAUCCUGCAAGCGUGCCGAGAUGUAAACGAGAAAGUGCUUGUGUUCUCGAGAAGCAUUCCUACCCUUGAUUAUAUCGAACGGAUCACGAAGGAGGCAGGAUUCUGGUCCAUGAGAUUGGACGGAGACACUCCGAUUGUUGAUCGACAAAAUAUGAUCAACACGUUUAAUACCUCUGCAAAGUAUCAUUUAUUCCUUAUUUCGUCUAACGCUGGCUCUUUGGGCGUCAACCUGGUCUCUGCCAGCCGCGUCGUGAUUUUUGAUGUCGGUUGGAAUCCGAGUCAUGACGAACAAGCCAUUGCACGCGCCUUCCGAUACGGCCAGAAACGCAAGGUCUUCGUUUACAGACUCCAAACGUUUGGCACAUGGGAGGACAAGCUAUACAAAACCAACCUUCAUAAGCUAGGUCUGUCGACUCGGGUGGUGGAUAAGAAGAACAUGAUCAAGUCGUAUACUAAGACGGAGAUGACAAAGUAUUUUGAGCAACCUCCAGAGACCACGCCUGUCUGGGCAUCGCAGGAGAAUGUGGACACGCUGUUUACUAGGCCCGAUACAGAUGAUCCAGUACUGAGAUCUGUUAUAGAUAGGUGAGACGACGUAUCCUUAACCAACGACGCAUAUCUCUGGCAAUUACUUGCGCCUUUAACACCGUUUUGCUGGACUUAAUUAGCAAUCGCGAGACGAUCGCUUCUGUCGCCCUUCAGAGUGACCUGGUUCGCGAGGAAGACUCGGAUCUGACAGAAGCGGACAUGGUUGAGAUCCAAAAUAUGAUCGCAGAGGAGCAGCGACGAAUCGAUGGACAUCCGCCUUUAGCUCCUACAGUGCCGGCGCUUGCCCAGAUGCCGACACAGCAACAGCAGCAAAUACAGCAGCAACUGCAGCAACGGAUUCUGCAGCAACAGUACCUACAAAUGCUGCAACUACACCAACAAAGUCA